AUGGAAACUUCUGAGCUGGGGCCCGCACGUCACGUGAAGCCGGGCCAUCUAAGUGGUCUCGGAGAAGACUUAACUGAUCUUGUACAUAAGUUCAAGAGCGGUGUCAAGCUUUCCAUCAAGGGCGAUCCUGUUUAUCCCUUCUGGGGUUUGUGUGACGCUGUUGUUGGCAAGUUUAGUACUGGUAGGGUCAGCUUGAUACUCCAGCUCGAUAUGGCCGAUAGCGAAGUGGAAGCAAAUAUUGCCGCUGUCAUAAAGGCUGCAUGUGCUCACAGGAAUCCCGCGCUAGGACCUUUUAUAAACAGAGCGCUCCUCAUGACCAUACCCGGCGAAGAACACUAUGCUUUGAAUAUUGAUCUUAUCAUAUCUUCUUCUGCAAGGCUUGCCAUCUUGGUGGCGAGUCUGAUGACCAUCGGAGUAUGUCCGGCUAAUGGCCUACAUUACCAGCCAAAGAGUCCUGUGACUCAUGAAAUGAUGAUCUCUCGUGGUUCGAUGACGGCCGCAUCGUGCAUCACUGCCGAAGCAUAUGGAAACGGAGGUGUAUCAAAGGAGCUUGCUAUGACUCUCGAUAACGGAUUGGACUUUUUCUUCACUAGCGUAUUUGAACCGACACCCAAUGAAACUAUGCAAACUGUAACUGCAAGGACUACCGUAGCCCCACUGAACACAGCUUUGCCUGUCUUGAAGCGACGAUCGAUUCAAGGUAGUAACUUCGAUGUUAUCACGCUGAGAGACGAAGAACCAGGUCCACCAGCAAAGCGAGCACUAUUGCCUGUCCAAAGAUCGUGA